GGGCUCACUUUAACUCCUCGUCGCCCAACCAGCUUUGGACUAAGGAAGGAUUGUGGUUCAUUCCUGCCAAGCUGACAGUGUCCCGGCAUGAUAUGAGUUAAACUGUGGGUGUAACUCUUUAUAUACUGGCCCUGCUUGACUUCAGAGUCACAUUUUAAACAUAGCGAAUAGCCACUCAGACAGAGAAGAGCUCAGCGAAGGAGAAAGGAUCCUUCUAGGACAAGCUCAACUCACCCUUAGUAACAUGUCCCAGGUGAUACCCAACCAUGUAUUGCGAGUGGGUCAAACAGUCUGCAUGGCAUCCAAGGAUGAUGGUGGAGUGUUUCGGCAAGGUGGACACCCAAGAGGCAUCACCGUGACCAAUAAAUGCUCUUACUUCACCACAGAAAGAUAUGCUGGCCAGGGUCCAUUACAAUAUAAUGGUCACAUUUUGUCUCACCCAGGGAUCUAUAGUGGGGAAAGAAACCUGCCUUCCAAUUCCAUUCCCACAAUUGUGGGGAAUAUGAAUUAUAGCCCCCAAAGUGACCACAAAAAUCAACAGAGGAGUGGACCUGAACCUGAGGUUUACAAUGGAGAAGACCCUAUGUCUCCAUCUUUGGACAUAUCCAUAGAACAUCUGAAUCAGCUGAUUUUACAGUUGGAUCCAACAUUCCAACCCCUGACUGUCAAAGACGACCAGAUGAGAAAAAAUUCAACCUAUGAAGCCUCGCGUGUACCUGAAGCAACCAAGAAAAAAAGUUCUCCAGAGAUAAAAUGCGUUGAGGUGGAUGUGAAAAGAGCCGUGUGUCAGGAGAACAUUCAACAGACGUCAAGUCCCAUUCCAAAACAUGAGGGCCUGUUAAUAUCUCGAGGAACUACUAUGGACAACUGUACCCCCAACUUCAGUCCUAUUGUUGCUGAAAGCCGUCCAUGUGUCAGGGGUCCUCAGACAUUUCAGAGGCGCCCAUCAACUGGGUACUGCCAGCAGGCAACACAGAGCAUUCCUAUUGUAUACCAGAGGUCCUAUCAACAUGACACCAUUAUGUCCUCAUCUCUGGAGUCAGAAACCAUGCAGCACUCAAGGCCACUUUUUCGCGAUAGUGAAACCUCAAUGAUAUCCACCAGCCCUGGAUCUGACACCAGCUAUCUCUUAGGAAGCACUCAUUCUCUUCCUCAAGAUGAAUUUGAUGGCCCAAGUUUACAUGGAAGAACAUUAGAAAGUCCUUGUGGAUCUGUGGGGUCUUUUUCCAAUAUAAUGAGUCCUGGACUAAUGUCCCCUACAACUACAAUCUUCAACUCCAACUCAUGCCUGCCCAAGAUCCCCAACCAAAAGAUAUAUACUACCAAAGGAAAUGCCAACAGCUGCCCUCCAUCUGUUAACAGCUCCAGUAUGGAUAUACCAAUACUUUUGGUAAAUGGGUGCUUGGAGAGAGAAGACAGUCUAAAAAAAUCCUCAAGGACACUCCAGCGCAAAAGUUCUUCCAGUUUCAACAGACCAAACAAGACCUGCUCUGAGUCCUCCAUUCAUAACUGCACAGAUAAUUCUGCCAAAGACACUCAGCCUGGCAUGAAAUUUGUAAUGGACACGUCUAAGCAAUGGUUCAAGCCCAACAUGAAUCGGGAGCAAGCCAUUGAGUUCUUGAAGGACAAGGAACCAGGAGCUUUUAUUAUAAGAGACAGUACAUCUUACCGGGGAUCAUUUGGAUUAGCCAUGAAGGUCCCUGGGAUGACAGCUAAAACAGGAAAGGGGACAAAUGAUCUUGUAAGACAUUUCCUCAUAGAGUCCUCUGCCAAAGGCGUACACUUGAAGGGAGCAUGUGAGGAACCCCAUUUUGGGAGUCUCUCUGCUUUGGUUUAUCAGCACUCUAUCACUCCAUUAUCGUUACCCUGCAAAUUGGUUAUUUCAGACAAGGAUCAGUCAGAAGGGGACAGCAGUCCGGAUUCUCCCCAGGUGCCCACUUUGUCCGACCUGAAGACAUCAUCAUCUUGCAAUGUCCUUUACUUAAAUUCUGUUAGCACCGAGACCCUUACGGGGUCCAGCGCAGUCCAGAAAGCUGUGUCCACCACCUUUGAGAUGUCCAACCAGUCCAUGCCAACCAUUGUACACUUUAAAGCCACUGAUCAAGGAGUCACCCUGACGGAUGUACAGCGCAAAGUUUUUUUCCGUCGACACUACCCUCUGUCAACAAUCACUUUCUGCAGUGUGGACCCUGAGCUCAGAAAAUGGCAGAAACAGUGCAGAUCUUCAAGACUUUUUGGCUUUGUGGCAAAGAACCCGACAGAUGCAUCAGACAACGUGUGCCACAUUUUUGCCGAGUAUGAUGCCAUUCAGCCGGCCUCACCGCUAAUAAGCUUCUUGACAAACCUAAUUCAGCAGCAAGAAAAGGUGUAAUCGGCCCAUGGUAAUCUGCUUUUAGAUAUCAGAUAGAUGUAUAUUGAUUUCCAGCUGACGCUGAUAGCUACUGGAGAAUUCUGGUUCCUUCUGAUCAUGUCCAUCCAGCAGUUUAUCUGAAUCUCCCUAUAUGAAACUCCAUUUGGGACUGGUCUUCUUGUCGGUUAUUGGUAGAUAUCUUCUCAUGUCCGACCAACUGCAUCUGCACUAAUUAGCAUGGUAGAGUUUGUCUGCGGCACUUAUUGGCUGGGUGAAUUUCCCACGUGCACUUUACAUGGUCUUGGGCAUGGUUACAUAGAGCACUGGCCUAGGAUUAGUUAAAAUAUGGAGAGUUCAGUAGGGUCUCGAGGAAAAGUCCAACUUGUAUUAUUUCAAAUUAUAUUUUUGGCACUGACCAUUUAUUAGUGUUCCAGCAGAUGACAGCUUCUUGGGCUGCCCUGAUUUUGCACAUACUUGCGUCCAAAAAUGGAAAUUAUAUCCAUGUCUAUUCCAGCCUAAUGGAGUCAGACAGGGGAAAAACAGUCCAAUACUCCCAGAAGAGAAGGCAAUAUGGUAUAUAGAGUUAGACAGCAGAAAGAGAAUCCCAUUGGCCAGAGAAAUUAUUAUAUAUAUUAUACUAUAUAUGGCUCCCUUCCUAAUGACUAUUUUUUUUUUAUAUUUUAAAUAAAAGAGAACAGGGAAAUGAUAAAAAUCUGUUUCUCUAGUGUAAAACCUCCUAAGAGGAGAGCUACAUUAUUGCUGAUGGGACUUCUUGCAUCCAGACCCGAAAUUCUCUAUGUUAUCAUUCUCAUUCCUGUCCCUCGUGGGUAGAUAUUACUUUUUUUUAGGUUUGAUUCUUGUUUUAUAUUAACAGAUGUUUUAUUUAUAUAGAUUUUUUUUUAAUGCAAAUAAACAUUGUUUCCAAUAAAUGUUUUUUUAUAGAUAAA